AUGGCUAUUCAGUUGACCCAAAUGCCGCUUGCCCCCCGCGCUCUCCGCCUUCCCUCGCCCCCAGGCACACCAGCUGGCAGGACUACUAAAGUGGUGGAAGCGCAGGAAGGGCGGCACACGGCCACUGUGGUGUGGCUGCACGGGCUGGGGGAUAGCGGCGAUGGCAUCCCGGAUUGGCUGAAUGGGGUGUGGGGUACUGAGAGCGACGGCUAUUUACUCGACCUCCCACACGUCAAGUGGAUAUUCCCCACCGCCCUUGAAGCCCCUGUCUCUGUCAACCUUGGCCAUCGCUCCCGUUCCUGUGAGUCCUUUGUGUACACCGUGCUCUCAGGUUUUGUGACAUUCUCAGCGAGCAGCAAACCUGUGAGUCCUUUGGCCAUUGCUCCUGUUCCUGUGAGUCCUUUGUGUACACCGUGCUCUCAUGCCCCCUCCUUGUGA